AGAUUGAGGGCGAUAUUUACAUUUUAUGAAAGAGCGUGGUAAACAAGGAAUCAUCAUAACGAAAUGCCUUACGCAAAUCAGCCUACAAUUCGUAUAACCGAUUUAACAGAAGAUAAUGUUAAAUUUGAAAUCGAAAAUACUGAUCUUAGUGUUGCAAAUUCAAUAAGAAGAGUGUUCAUUGCUGAAACACCAACAUUGGCAAUUGACUGGAUCCAGAUAGAGGCAAAUUCAACAGUCCUCCAUGAUGAAUUUAUUGCACAUAGAGUUGGACUUAUUCCACUGACAAGUGAUGAUAUUGUUGAUCGAAUGAACUAUCACAGAGAUUGCACAUGUGACGAGUUUUGUCAAGAUUGUUCGGUUGAGUUCAACCUUCAUGUAAAGAAUGAUGAAGAGGGACCACGUCAUGUGACAUCCCGAGACCUUAAGUCAUCUGAUCCACGGGUUGUUCCAACACCAUCAAGACCUAGAGAAGAUGAGUCUAGUGAAUAUGGAGAGACUGAUGAUAUCAUGAUAGUGAAAUUAAGGAAAGGACAAGACUUAAAAUUAAAAGCCAUUGCCAGGAAAGGUUUUGGCAAAGAGCAUGCCAAGUGGAUUCCCACGGCAGCAGUAGCAUUUGAGUACGACCCCGACAACGCAUUCCGACACACUGUGUACCCCAAGGUUGAGGAAUGGCCGAAAAGCGAAUUCUCUGAGCUGGAGGAUGAUGAAUUACAAGCACCAUUUGAUCCAUCUGACAAGCCCAACAAGUUCUACCUGAACGUUGAGUCGUGCGGAUCCCUGAGGCCUGAGAACAUUGUGCUUUCGGGCCUGUCAGUACUGAAGAAGAAGCUCAGUGAUUUGCAAACACAGCACAGUCAUGAGGCACUAGAGUAGAUCAAGUAGGCAAUUAGGUAGGCUUAGACCUUUUUAAAUGUCAUCAUUCAGGGUUCAGUAUCAUCUCAUAUGCAUGGGCCCCAAGAAACCACUUCCAGGAAUUUCUAGUUAGUGGGUGUUCUUAGCACAUCUAAUUUUAUUUUGCUGAGCAGGUUGGUGAUACCUAUCACCAGUUGGCUUCUGGGAGACAGUUGAUUAAUUAUUAAAAAUAUGUAAAUAUAAUAAAUUUGCAGGAGAUGGGUUAAUUUCUGGGUGAUUUUUGCUUUGUUGGCCAUCUAAAUUUUUGGGAAACUUCUGUGACUCACAGGAAAUUUGGACCCCAGCAUAUGAGGCAUGACAUGCAAUAUUAUAAUGUUUUUUAGGUAAAACAUAUAAAAUGAUGAAUUAAUACACUAGACACUUGGUUUUAUUUGAACACUCUAUUAUGACAUCGCAAAGUGAUGAAUAAAAACGCUAAACACAUAGUUUUAUUCGUAGGCCUAGGCAUACAGUUGUAUGUUGUGCCUGUUGUAGGCCUAGGUAACAUCUUUCGUUCAUAACAUAUGUUUAUAGUACGUAUUAGGUCAAAGGUCACCACAAAUUUGACCCAACCUUGAUUUUACGAAUCAUCCAAUUUACGUACACCCUCCGAUCCUGUACCGUAUGUAAAAUCGAAGUUCUACUGUAAUACCUUUAUUCAUACCUGUAGCCUUCGUCGUAGUCAAUUCCAGUAAAUGACCAUGUUUUGGCCAUAGAUGUUGGAUUUGGGAUGUCAUGCCUCCCUCGUAUGUUCACUCAGCAUAUGAUAUGGCAAAUUGUGUGCCCUGUACUCGGCAUAUUUUUGGUAAACCAUAGGCAAUGACUGGUAUGAGAAAUUAUUUGACUUGUCAGACAUAUUCUUUAUACAAAUCAAAUGCCUACGACAUUUGACAUGUGUUUUUCAGUCAAUUGUACAUUCCAUUUACAAAUCAUGACAUAUUCAUAGCCGGGCGUAAUCUAGAUAUUUUUUUGGUCAUACAACAUGCAAUGUUUAGUUCAGAUUCAUCACUAAAUUUAAAAGUUCCAAGAAAUCAUUUUUAACUCACAACAAAAGUUAGUUACUAGUAUACUAAUAGUGUAGUACUGUAUCAAUCUAAGUACACUUUCCAAGUUGAAGAUAGACCUAGACUAUAAACUGUAAUUUUUUUACAAUUUUCAUUUACUAAUGUUACACCUACUUACAUCUUUUCGAGUUCUGCAUCUUAUCUUAUACUACAAUCUGAUGACCUGAUGAAGCCAGAAAGUUUCCCACUUUUUCCGCAACAGUAUCUCUGUGACUUCGGAUUUGUUGAAUAUAAUUUGAUGUUUUGAUAGCCAACUACUGAAUGUAGAUAAAAUCAAAUCACAUUUGCCCUGAUAAUUCAUUCAUAAUGUAAAUAAUGUAAUAAAAAGUAAUAUAGACCACUCAAACCUCUUCAAUUGUUUUGUAUAGCUCGCUUGCUUUAAUUAUUUUUUAUAACCAAACUCACAUUGAAUAACAUUGGACCUGAAUACAAUUGUGUUUAUUACUGGCUUUUAUUAUGAGCUAUACCACCUUCUACCCUGUAACAAUUAUAUAGCAGUAAUUUUUUUCACGCUGUACAAUUCCAUUCUAAAGAGAUCCAUUACCAGGACUUGUAGCAUUGUUGAAUUAACACAGAAACAUCAGACUGUGUAUUGUCAUUGUUACAACAUUGGACCUGAAUAUAAUUGUAUUUAUUAUUGGCUUUUAGUAUGAGCUACUGUAUACCACCUUUUAAUCUGUAACAAUUAUAUAUAGUACUGUUUUUCUUUCUGUACAAUUCUGUUCUAAAGAGACCCAUUACCAGGACUUGUAGCAUUGUUGAAUUUAUCACACAAACGUCAAGCUGUGUAUUGUGCGAUUGUGUUUUUGUAAGAAAAAUAAAAAUUCAAUCCAACAUAAAA